CGCAAUAUUAUGAAGUGUUUCGGAGUUUUCCAGUAGUUGAAUGAAAUUCUCAUUUACUAAUAAAACAUGCCUAUACAACUUGAAAGAAAGACUUCUUCAAACUUGGAACGUCUGGAUAGACCCUUUUUAAGAGGUGUUUAUCCCAUUGGUGAACAUCCUGACGGAAUUUCUCCUCUGGAGGCUGUAAAUUUGUAUCGUGACAACCUUACCUUACAUGAAAGGAAAGAAAUUUUACGCUAUGAGAAACCUAUCGCUACAUCAGGCACUGUCGCUUGACGAGGUAGUCGUUGGAAGGGAAUUCGUGAUACAUGUCCCGAUUAUCUUUAGACAAUUGAACUGCUAUUCAUUCAGUGUAGCGUAGCUGUCUAUGAAUUAUACCGUUGCGUAGUACACUGACAAAUAUUUAAAAUUCAUCUUAUUACAUGUUUGCUAUCAUUAAUCAAUAUCUAUUAAUCUAAUUAACUUUUUUGAUUGAUUUGCUGAACAAACAUUUACUUACAC